CCCACGUCCUUCCAUCUCCCACAAGAGAUCCACGACAUGAUCUUAGACCAUCUGCAUGCAGAUUUCUUCACGCUCAAAGUCUGCAGCUUUGUUUGCCGCACGUGGCUGUUGACCACCAGACUGCACCUCUUUCACUCCAUUUGCCUCAUGGACGUGAGCCAGUUCUGCUACUUUUCUCACCUCCUG